AAACCAAACCAAACUACCAACGCAGCAGGCAAAACAGCAGCAGCAGCUACGUCCACUCUCUCUCUCUUCACCCCCUCUGUCCACCACCCUUCCACAUAAGACACGCAGAACACACACAACCUUGUCUGGGAGAAAAACAAAACCAAACAUCAAAAAGGUGGUAGAUACAUAGGUCACAACAAAAUACAUAUAUGUCACACCACCACCUCUGCGAUACACUGUUUUUUAUUUUUUAAGAAGUGGGUACCAACAAUGGCUUAUUUCAGUCUCAAGGAAAUUAAUCAUCGUACUCUGAUAACUUGGUAAGUAGAUUGGAACUAACAAGUAACAAUGGUGAGCUUGAGAAGACGCAGACUUUUGGGACUAUGCUCAGGAAACAAUUCAUUUGUCACUCCACUUCCUCUAUACUGUGAGAAUCUAACUGGUGAUGCAAAUUCAAGUCAGCAGGCUAAACCUAAGAGCGAACAAUCUGUUGUUUCUGAUAUUGCAAGCAUCCUGGACAGUAACACUACUGUGAAAGUUGAAUCAGGUUCAUCAAAUGUGUCUGGUUCUAGCUCGUCCAAAGAGCAACAACCUAGUCAACAAAGCACAGGGCCACCUGUUAAACGCAGAAGGCGACAUUCAAGAAGACUUGUCCAUAAUCAAGAAACAUGCUUCCUGAGAGGGGUCUAUCUUAAAAAUAUGAAGUGGCAGGCAGCCAUAAAAGUGGACAAGAAACAGAUCCACCUGGGGACUGUUGGAUCACAGGAAGAAGCUGCUCACUUAUACGACAGGGCUGCUUUCAUGUGUGGGAGAGAGCCCAAUUUCGAGCUACCGGAGGAAGAAAAGAGAGAACUGUGUAACCUCAAAUGGGAAGAAUUCUUGGCAAUAACUCGGCAAGCGAUCGCCAGUAAAAAGCAAAAGAAAACGCAGAGUCCUGGACCACAAAAUAGGAAUGAGGAACCUUCAUUGCUCAAAGGUGAUCGCAACAUUAAGCAAGGAGUUAGUGGUGUCUCUGCUAGCGAAGAUGCAGAGAAAGAAACUACAUUCUCUAGAAAUACAUGAUUCAAGAAUGAAGCAAGAGGAUGAAACCUCCAGUUCUAAGAGUUUAGAUUUAGUUACUUGAUUCGUUUUCAAUUUCAUUAACCCAAUAAACUGUACAUGACUCAAGUUUAUAGCUAUUAGCUAUUUUUUUUCCCCUGCGGUGGAAAAUGAAGAUACAUUUCUUUAUUUUAGUACAUGGUUUAUUGAGU